UUACAAUCAAAGCAACACACUUGCAAGCAGCUGUCGAAAACCAUCGGCUCCCUUCUGCUCCCAACGGUACACACAAUAAUGUCGCAAACAUCAAUCCCAGCCGAAGCGGAUGAACAACGCUCCAGCUCAGCCAUUUCGCUCCAGAACGAAGCCCUCGUAUGGUCACUGGCACCGACCGAAGCGUACCAACCCGCACCCAUCGACAUUGCCGUGUGCCGUGCGGUAGAACUCGAACUGGAGCCACUCCGGUGGAACAACUACGAAUUGCUUCCGGCUAGCGUGAAGCUAACCAACACCGGCGAAACUGUCAUUCUGAGUGCCCGUUGGGAUAGUGAGCAAUGUCCUUCACUGGAGGGUGGCCCACUGGAAGGGCGCUAUCUUUUCUCGCAGCUUCAUUUCCACUGGGGCCUAAGUGCGCUGGACGGUAGCGAGCAUACCAUCGAUGGCUAUCGGUUACCGCUCGAGCUGCACGUGAUCCAUUUUGCCGAACGGUUCGGUGACCAGGACACGGCCCAGGCCAGUCCGGGCGGUGUGCUGUGUUUGGUGUACUUCUUCAAUUUGAAAUCUAAUCCAAAUCGAUUUGUUGAACCCGUCGUCGAAGCGUUGGAACGUAUUCUGCUGCCCGAAUCGUACACGAAGCUCGAACCAUUCCCACUGAUUGACCUGUUCCACGCGUUCACGGACGAAUACUUCCUUUAUUGGGGCUGCACACGGAACGGACCGCAGGUAACGCCGCUGCUGUGGCUACUGUCACGCACCCAAGAGCCACUUGACUUUCGGCAGCUGAAACAGUUCAAUCGCUUGCUCGAUCGUCGCAUGCGGCCCCGCUGCAGCCUGCAGCCGUCGGAUACGGCCCGCCCGUCGAAGGGAAGACAUCUGUUCCACGUGAACCCGCGCACACCAAUGUCGGUCAGCACGCUCCGGAUAGAGCCGCCGGAAAAGUUUGCCCAAACGCGGUGGCUUGUGGACCGGCAGCCGAUUGAUUGGAGCUCGCCGGACGCAUGCCGCCAGUAUGUACGACUGGUACGUGAGGAGUUGGCAAAGAAAAAGCAACCCCCGGUCGAGGAGGACGAAAAGCAGUGUCUGGAAGCUGGGUCGAACAGGAGCAGUGAGUAUUAGAUUACAAGUGCUAGAGCACACUCGAAAUUAAUCAAAGCCAGGAACGUCGACCAUCACGGGGCUCGAAAUGUAUGCCUUGGGGUGAUGUUUGAUAAGCGCAUACGAGAUUCGCCAAGAUAAAUUGCAAUAUGUGCGGUGUGUUUUUGUGCCAAUCCCUUCAACUAGUUGCCGAAAAGCUUUUAAUGGUGCAUCAAUGCAUUACUGGUUAAAUACUAGCUACCAGUAAAGUGCUAGCAGUGCGGAGAUGUUUGCCUAUCAUCAGUAAUUAAACGCCAAAUGGGUAACUCUUGAGAUCUUCACAACUGCUCUCCGGAAUAGUGCGCUUGCUCGCAAAAUCAACUGAUAUUAACUAUCUUAUCCACUGGAACUACUUAUCUUAUCCAAUAAAUUAAUAAA